AUGCCGCCACCGCGCAAGUUGCGCCGGCUAGCCGAGGCCGCUGCGGCGGAGGCGGACGCCCUGAUCUCCCUGCCCACGGACGUCGUCGACGAAAUCCUCACCCGCCUCGGCCUCCGCGACGCCGUCCGCACGUCGGCGCUGUCCCGCGCCUGGCGACGCCGAUGGGAGGCCCUCCCGUCCCUCGAUUUCUCCUUCCAAAGCCUCGUAGACGACGAUGGCGCGCCAAAGGGGCUGGAGGCCGUCGACAGCAUCCUCCUCCGCUGCCCUGGCCGCGUCCGGCUCUUCAACGUAUACCUUGACAAGCUCUAUGAAGCCCGCACCCACGACUGGAUCCUCGUCCUCUCCCGCCGGGGUGUCGAGACCCUGGACCUCAGCUUCAACGACUGCUUCCCCCUCCUCCCUUCAUCUGUCUUCUCCUGCAGCCGGCUCACCUCCCUCAGUCUCUUCGGCUGUGUCAUCCCGUUCCUACCGCCAGGUUUCGAGGACUUGUCGGAGCUAAGAAAACUAGCUCUCGUCAACGUGCGGUUACAGGAGAACGGGGAGUACCAAAUCGAGGAGAUCAUUCGCACAUCCCCGUUGCUCGAGGAGCUAAUACUUACGGACGUUUACAUCGGUGGCGCCGAUGUCAUAAGAAAAUGGGUGAUUCGGGCGCCCAAUCUCAGGCACUUAAAGAUUUGUUCUCAAGAAAAUUAUGGCCGGAUCCUAAAGGAGCUGCGGUGUCUGCGUUCCGCCGUCGUUGAUUUGUGGGACUUUGUUCUUCACCGCAAUUUCCUUCAGAUUCUUGCAGGGCUUGUUCAAGUUAGGAAGCUUUUGAUUUCCACUAUCUUUGCACCGGUAAAUGCAUAUAUCCCCAUAUAUUCAAUACCAGAGACACUUCCUUGCACCUUUCACAACUUGAAGAGCAUGAAGUUGCAAAUGCACUUUUGUGAACUUCCCCCUAUUAUAUUGACAUUUUGCUUACUAAAGAGUGCUCCAAAUCUUGAAAAACUCAAAAUAGAGAUCUUUGGCGAAGAGCAGAAAGUUGAGGCUAAUGGAGAGUUUCAAAGUGCAUUAUGGACUGAUGGCAUGUGUGCCAACCUUCAGGUUGUGCAGAUGACCGGAAUUAAUUGGCUUCCAAACGAAAUGUCUAUAGAGCUGAUUCUCUCAAAAGCAAGGCUUCUUCAUACAUUAUCUAUUAGUCAUGGUGAGAAAAUCAUGAUGUCUUCUGAGGAUGCUCUAAAUGAAUUACUAAGAUACAUAAGAGCUUCAGCUGAAGCUCAGGUCCUAUUUAAAGGUAAAGCUGAAGAUUAUUAGCAGGCCAGGGACCAACUUCUGGGCAUUGCUGGGGACUUGUGAAGUUAGUUCAUUUCAAC